AAGACGUGUGUUGUUUACUGCACGAUGCAUCAUGCUAGCUUAUUCUGUUUGCUACAUUUCCCCUUUCCUGUAUAGUUGAGUAAACUUCUCAACUCUUUAAAAAAAAAUGUCAAACAUUGUCUAUUUGUCUUUACCCCACUGGGAUGGAGGCUUCAAAAAGAUUCGUUUUAUUUACUUGGUCAAUGAUUCGUCUUUUACUCUGACAGAGUGUCCACGAAAGGGUGCGGCGGCGGUGCCUCUCUUUUUAGGAGCCGAUCUCUUCUCCAACACCGACAUCCGGCCCGAGAAUCAUCCCCGCUGUCACGCCAAAUAUGCCAGGAAAGGCCUCUCCACCAAAAUACAAUUUUCUUCCGCCUUUAGGUUCCGUGGCUUAAAGGUGCCCACGUCCAACAACAGCCUUUGGUUCUACAGCAUUCACGGGCUUUUUCGAGUGGCUUUUGAAACGUACACCAAGCAGGAGCAGCUUGCAGUGGUGGAGAACUUCCAGGACCUUUGGAAGUCUCAAAUAAACGACAGCCCGCUGAAGACGAGCUACAGCCUCAGCGAGCAGCUGGACGCCGGUCCCUCCGACACCAGGAUGGAUGGUCUGGAUCUGGAGGCCACCACAGCAAACAUCUCAAAAGAACACGAUCACUGCUACUUUUCACAGCAAAGGCGUCCGCUUGUGUUGACGCUCAGGAGUAAACUUCAGCGUUUGGAUGCUAAACUCUCCUCCGAGGCCGAGAGCUUCAAAGAGCAGCAGUUGGAGACCCUCCUGCUUUUUUUGGAUCACACGGAGCGAUGCCUCGGCGGGACGUUAGAGGAACAAGACGUGGCGGACUCGGUGCUGGCGCUGCUCAAGUCCAAAGAGUGGAGCUGCGUUUAUUCCAGUCCCCUGCUGGACGCCGUCGCCCGGUGGCUGGGCCGCCAGUUCAGCUCGGCCAACGGGAGCGUGAGCCGCGGCGUGGAGGGCUUCAAGGAGCGGCACAUCGAGAGGAUCAGCGAGCUGCCGCCGGCCGAGGAAGUGGCCGCCGAGCUUUUCCCGGAGGCCAUGAGGACGCUGCUGCUCCACUGGAUGGGACUGAGCCAAGAGGCGGACGCGGCCAAGCGACGCAGCGAGUAUCCCAUCCUGCUUCUCAUCCUGGAGUUCGCCAACCACAACCUCAUCACCGGCGUGGCUCACGUCCUCUACUCCACGCUCAUAUGCAAAUAAAUGUCUUAGUAUUCAUUUAGUCAAAGCUACUUUUCUGUAACAUUUUGGAAUCUAAUGAUUUUGCAUCAUCUUCUUCCAACUACAAACCCCGUUUCCAUAUGAGUUGGGAAAUUGUGUUAGAUGUAAAUAUAAACAUUUUUUUAUCAGUUUGAACAUCAAAUAUGUUGUCUUUGUAGCAUAUUCAACUGACUAUGGGUUGAAAAUGAUUUGCAAAUCAUUGUAUUCCGUUUAUAUUUACAUCUAACACAAUUUCCCAACUCAUAUGGAAACGGGGUUUGUAGAACAAUGAGGCUGUGUUCUUUUCUGGACAGGUGGGGGCUUUCUUCAUGUGCAAGAAGUUGGCUCUUCCGUUUGAAUGUUAGACCAAUUCGAGAAGCCGAUAUGAAUUUAUUGGUGUGGGCUGGCCUCCUGAAGCUUCAGUAAAACAUGAUAAUAUUCCUAUUUUGUCUUGAUGGUCCUUCUUACUCUGCAAAUAUGUCAUCUGAAAGAACUUGGGAUUGACCAGUAACAUUAAUUCCCUGGGAGGGAAGCAGACGCAACAGUGGCUACGUUGAAGAAAUUAAAAUGUAAAACAUGUUUUCAGUUAUUUCACCUUUUUUGUUAAGUACAUAACUCCACAUGUUCAUUCAUAGUUUUGAUGCCUUCAGUGACAAUCUACAAUGUAAAAGUCAUCAAAUCUACAAUGUAAAAGUCAUGAAA